AUGAAUCUCGAGGAACUGGACAAAAAGGCCAAGUACGUCUUUGACACCAAGGACCGAGUCGCCGAGAAGUUCUUUGAGUCUUUGCCCCCCAAGACCCGGGGGCUCAUGAAGUUCCUCUUCUCUCCCGACCAUGACUAUGACUCUGCCAUUGAGCACUUUGAUGACACCUCUUCCACCGACGAUAUCCAGCUGACCCACGCUGAGAUUGUCCGACGGGUGUGGAGUAAGAAGCAGCUCAUUUUCGGCUGGAUCUGCAUGCUGAUCAUGUCGCUGGUCUCCACCAUUCAGGCCUCUGCCUUCCCCUCCUACAUUGUCUACGCCUCUUCCGAGUUUUCCCAGAUGGGAGCUCUGGCCUCGGUCCAGAUUGUCCAGGCCUGUAUUUUCCUCGUCUCGCGAGCCCUGAGUGGAAAGCUGGCUGACAAUUUCGGCCGAUUCGAGGCCAUGAUCAUCUCCGUCAUCUGUCUAACCAUCGGAAACGGUCUGUACAUGGGCUCCCAUAAUAUUGUCACCUACUUUGCUGCCUUGGCCUUCUACUCCAUCGGAGACAUUGGAACCCAGAUGCUGUACGAGAUUUUCGCCGCCGACACUUGUGAUCUCAAGGACCGAACUUUCUUCCAAACCAUCACUCUGUUUGCCAACCUCUUCACUCCCUGGGUCGCUGGUCCCCUGGUUGCCUCCGUGCUCAAGACCUCCACCUGGCAGUGGGGCAUGGGAAUGUGGGCCAUCAUCACCCCCUGCUGUGCCAUUCCUUUCCUGUCCACCCUGCUGUACUUCCGAAUCAAGGCUUACCGAAUGGGUCUGCGAAUCCGACGAGGUGACCCCAACAGAACAUGGUUCCAGAACACCAUCACCGGCAUCAUCCGAAUGGAUCUUCCCGGUCUGGUUUUCCUCUGUGCCGGUCUGAUUCUUUUCUUUGUGCCCAUCUCCUUCUGUGUUGGAACUGACGACUGGAAGAUGCCCCAGAACAUCGCCAUGAUCACCUGUGGUACCUUCUUCCUCUACGUUGCCUUCCCUCUGUGGGAGUUCUUCGGCACUAAGCACCCCUUCCUCAAGUUUUCGCUCAUGAAGAAGCGUCUGGUCACCGUUCCCGGCCUCAUCAUUCUCCUCUACUACAUGGCCUACGCCACCUACCAUCCCUACUUCCAGGUCUGGCUUCUGUUGGCCAAGGGGCUUCCUCAGGCCCGAGCAACCAACCUGAACAUGGCCAUGUUCGUUGCCCUCACCGGUACCACUCUGGUCUUCUCGCCUCUCAUGCGAUGGAGAGCUAAGCUCAAGUCCGUCAUCGUUUGGGGUACCAUCCUGUACUUCAUCGGCAUGGGACUGACCUACGAGUUCCGAAAGCCCGAAAAGCCCCUCAACACCAUGAUUCUGGCCCAGAUUUUCGAGGGAGUGGGAGCUGGUCUGCUCGUCAUCCCCAUCAUGGUCUACAUCCAGGUGGUCUGCAAACAGUCUGACACUGCCGCCGCCAUCACCAUCUAUUACUUCUUCAACUCAUGUGGAACCAUUCUCGGUAACGUCAUCUCUGCUGCCGUUUACCGAAACCACUUCCCCAACGUGCUGCGAAAGACUGGCCUUUUCGCCGAGCCCGAGGUCAAGGCCAUUUUCGGCUCCAUCUACGUCGGCCUCUCGUACAAGGUCGGAACCCCUCAGCGAGCUGCCAUUGGCGCUACUCUCAACUCCGUCAUCCGAUCGCUGCUUAUCGGUCCGCUCAUUUUCUGUGCUAUCAUGUUCUGUCUGGCCAUCACCAACGCCGACAUCAACCUCAACACGGCCCAGCGAAUGAAGGAGGAGUCAGAGCACGUCAAGGGCGACGACAGCCAGUCUUCCGAUCAGGGAGUGGUUAUCGAGACCGCCUAUGAAGAGAAGUCCCCUAUCUACGACGAGAAGAAGGUGACUGAGGUCGUCAACAAGGCCUAA